AUGGAUCGAGCAGCUCAAAGACUGCGGUGGCGAGCAAGAUGGCGGACAGAGGGGUUGUGGCUUUGUGAGAAACUUUAACAUUUGCGAUCCGACAGCGAUAUCAAUCCUCAAAUACUCGUAGCCCGCGAAACAAUUUGAGGGGUUUAAAGCGAUUGAGUGUAAUCUGAAGUGAAGAUUGAAGACGUGAUAGAAGAUGGACGACGACUGCUAUGCUAAGAUGGCGACGUCACGUCAAAGAAAAUGUGAAAGAGAAUCAGCGCCACCAACUUCCAGCGAAUCACCAACGGAGAUAGAGACUAAAACUGCAGAUGAAGACGUCCAGCAGCUGAUGGGUAAUCCAGAAGAAGUUUCCCCUCAGUCAGGGGGGAGCUCCACUUUGAAGCAGGAGACUCCACAACCACCCUGCAUUAAAAAGGAAGAGGAGGAACUCUGCAUCCUUCAGGAGGGAGAGUGUCUUCUAGGACGAGAGGAAGCUGAUUACACCAAGUUUCCACUGACUGUUGUCACUGUGAAGACUGAAGGUGAUAAAGAGAAACCACACGUAGACAACCUCUUAGCUCCAUUAUCAGGUAGUGAGGCUGAAGACGAGGUUGAAGUAACUUUGAGCAGCGAUACAGACUGUGAAGGUGAUAUGAGGACUCACACUAACAACAAACAGUCUAAAUGCUCUACAAAGAAGAGAGGUAAAACAUGUUUGAGCUGCUCAGUUUGUGCUGAAAAUUUUACUAAAAAGAGCCAUUUGAAUCAACACAUGAGAACACACACAGGAGAAAAAACAUUUAACUGUUCAAUUUGUGGUAAAAAGUUUUUUUUUAAGAGCCGUUUGACGCGACACAUGACAGCACACACAGGUGAAAGACCAUUCAAUUGUUCAGUUUGUAGCAAAAGCUUUCCUCUAAAUAUUCGUUUGACUGAACACAUGAGAACACACACAGGAGAAAAAACAUUUAACUGUUCAAUUUGUGGUAAAAUCUUUUAUUUUAAGAGCCGUUUGACGCGACACAUGACAGCACACACAGGUGAAAGACCGUUCAUUUGUUCAGUUUGUGGCAAAAGCUUUUCUCAAAAUUGUGGUUUGACUCAACACAUGAGAACACACACAGGUGAAAAACCAUUUAAGUGUUCAGUUUGUGGCACAACAUUUUCUGUUAAGAAGCGGGUGACUGAACACAUGAGAAUGCACACUGGUGAAAAACCAUUUAAGUGUUCAGUUUGUGGCACAACAUUUUCUGUUAAGAAGAGGCUGAUUGAACACAUUAGAACGCACACUGGUGAAAAACCAUUUAAGUGUUCAAUUUGUGGCACAACAUUUUCUGUUAAGAAGAUUUUGAUUGGACACAUGAGAACACACACAGGUGAAAAACCAUUUGGUUGUUCAGUUUGCGGUAAAAGCUUUUCUCUAAAGAGCACUUUGAUUAAACACAUGAGAACACACACAGGUGAAAAACCAUUUACGUGUUCAGUUUGUGACAAAAGCUUUUCGGAUGGGAGCAAAUUGGCUCGACAUAUGAGAACACACGCCGGAGAAAAAACAUUUAGUUGUUCAGUGUGCUGUAGAAGGUUCCUACAUAAUGCAGAUGCAGUAAAACACAUGAGAACACACAAGGGAAAAUAAGCAAUUAGCUGUUUAGUUUGUGGUAUGUUGCUCAUAUGUGGCGACAUCCACCCUACCCAGGACCUCCUCACUGCUUCUUUCACAAAUAUCUGAGGUAUUCAUACAAACUUGGAUUAUUUGGAGCAUAAUCUUAUCCACUCAUGACCCCAUGUCUUCUCUGUAUCUGAAACCUUCCUGAACAGUAAGAUAGAUGAUGCUUCAAGUGCUUGGUUACUCCUUCUUCAGUCCAGGGACCUGGGGCCUCAUGUGUCAAGUUUGCACCCUUUAUCACUGCAAUGUUGAGAUGUAUCAAAACUGACGUUGACGCAUAAGUGAUGCUGGGUAACUGUUUGCAUAACUAAGUGCCAACUUUUACUCCUCAGACUGAUUGAUAUGAAAAUCAGAGACAUAUGUACAAUAUUUUUUUCACUCAGAAUUUUCAACACACUUGAAGUGUUUUGUCAAGAGGAUUAUUUGUGUAAUGUAAAUGUUCAGAAUGUGUUUGUUCUAUUUUGGGCCAAAGUAAAAUAAGUAAACAAUCUGAA